UGACCGGGGGGGUCUGACUGGAGGGGCAUCUGGGGCUCCGGCUCCCCGCAUCACCGCAGUCUCAGACGGUCUGAAGUCACCUCGUGGCCCUGCGUCCUCCCGAGUCCUCGCGGGACCGUGACGGGGCUCCGAUCGCCUAGUGCAGGAAGCGAGGAACGUCAGAGAGGAAGUGGAAGAUGGACAAGCCUCUGACACCAUCAACAUACGUGCGCAGCCUCAAUGUCGGAAUCAUUAGGAAGCUAUCGGAUUUUAUUGAUCCUCAAGAAGGAUGGAAGAAACUAGCGGUAGCUAUUAAAAAGCCAUCCGGUGAUGAUAGAUACAAUCAGUUUCAUAUAAGGAGAUUCGAAGCCUUGCUUCACACCGGGAAAAGCCCCACUUGUGAGCUGCUGUUUGACUGGGGCACCACAAACUGCACAGUCGGUGACCUUGUGGAUCUUCUGGUCCAGACCGAGCUUUUUGCCCCUGCUACGCUCCUGCUGCCAGAUGCUGUUCCCCAGACUAUCACCAAUAUACCUUCCGGAGAAGCGGUAACAGUGGCACAGACACAUGGGCCUUGCUGUGGGAAGGACAGGACAUCUGUGAUGCCAAAGCAAGAGCAAAGCUGUGUGCCACCCGACUCCUCACGUCCAGACAGUAAAAGCUCAGAAUUCAGCGAUACUCGUUUUCACAGUUUCUCAUUUUAUGAGCUGAAGAGUAUCACAAAUAACUUUGAUGAGCGACCCGUGUCUGUCGGUGGCAACAGAAUGGGGGAGGGGGGAUUCGGAGUGGUGUACAAGGGCUGUGUGGACAACACACCUGUGGCAGUGAAGAAGCUCGGAGCAAUGGUCGAAAUCAGCACUGAAGAAUUAAAACAACAGUUUGAUCAAGAAAUUAAAGUAAUGGCAAAGUGUCAGCAUGAGAACCUCGUGGAGCUCCUUGGCUUCUCCAGCGACAGCACUGAUCUGUGCUUGGUGUAUGCCUACAUGCCCAACGGCUCCUUGCUAGACAGACUGUCCUGCCUGGAUGGUACUCCACCGCUUUCUUGGCACAUGAGAUGCAAGAUUGCUCAGGGUGCAGCCAAUGGCAUCAGGUUUUUACAUGAAAAUCAUCACAUUCAUAGAGAUAUUAAAAGUGCAAAUAUCUUACUAGACAAAGACUUUACUGCCAAAAUAUCUGACUUUGGGCUUGCACGGGCUUCGGCAAAGUUUGCACAGACCGUCAUGACCAGCCGAAUUGUGGGCACAACAGCUUAUAUGGCACCCGAAGCUUUGCGAGGAGAAAUAACGCCCAAAUCUGACAUCUACAGCUUUGGUGUGGUUCUAUUAGAGCUGAUAACAGGACUUGCGGCCGUGGAUGAAAACCGUGACCCUCAGUUACUACUGGAUAUUAAAGAUGAAAUUGAAGAUGAAGAAAAGACGAUUGAAGACUACACGGACAAGAAGAUGAACGACGUGGACCCUGCUUCCGUCGAGGCCAUGUACUCCGCUGCUAGUCAGUGUCUGCAGGAAAAGAAAAAUAAGAGGCCGGACAUUACCAAGGUUCAGCAACUGCUCCAAGAAAUGUCUCCUUAAAACUAAUAAAACAGGACUUCAUUUGUUAAAUGUAUAUUUAUAUAUACACAGCUCUGGAACCACGCACCACCGCCACCACCUUUCUUUUUUUUCCUACUUCUUGUGAUCCUGGAGAUCAAACAAGUGCUUGGACACGAAGCUACAUCCCCAGCCUGUGUUUUGGUUUUGGUUUUCCUGAAUGUUCUCUGUCUUCAGCGAGGCAGCAUGGUGCAGCGUAGUGGUCAGUUCAUGGGGGUGCUGACACACAGCAAAAGUGUCAGGUAACAUGGUAGCACCCUCAAAGCCACAAUCACCAACUACAACAACUGCAAGAUUUGGCAAAACAGCACUGGGCUGAAGGGUACAGAGACCCUAGGUUUGGGGUCUUUUUGCAGGGGGAGAUGUUUGGGUUUUUUGAAACAGAGUUUCUCUGUGUUAGGGUAACCGAAACCUUGGAUGUCCCAGAACUGUCACUGUAGACCAGGCUGGCCUUGAACUCAGAGAUCUGCCUGCCUCUGCCUCCUGAACACUGGGAUCAAAGGUGUGCACCACCACCAUCCAGCCAGAGCCCCUGAAGCUCAGCACACCUCACUAACUUCCUGUAAAGCAUUGGUCCAGCUCUUAGCUACCUUAAGUCUUGGAUCUGGCUUUUGUUUUGGGCUAUGAACACCAUGCUCCUGUAAGUAACCUCUCACCUUCCUAUCGCCCUAAUUAAACUUACCACCAAUGUCAA